AUGGCGGAAGAGCAUAUAGUUGACGAUCAAUUUGAUUCGAACCUUAGCAAUGAAUUUCAGGCAAAAUCGAUUAUAGAUUCACCACCGCCACCGUUUCCUCCAGUCAAACUUAAACUUGAAAAGCUUGAAAUUGGAAACAAAAGUGAAACUUCUCAGUCACAUUCUACAAACUUUAGUGAAUCUCGAGAAAAUAAAAUUCAAGAACAAAUCAACAAAGUAGAUGAGACCAAAACUGUUUACGUCAAUAAUAAAAAAAGUACUGGAAAAAUUAUCAGUUGUAUAGUGAUUGGUUUAGCAUUUUUACUUAUUGGCUUAUGUUUAACUCUAAUUGCUGAAGAUAAUAUAACUAAUAUCUGUGGAGUUUUACCAUUACUGAUGAGUAUUUAUAUUUUAUUUAUAUGUUGUCUUGUUAACCAAGAGUUUGGAUAUUACAUCAGAUUGACAUUAACAAGCAGUGAAGAAACGAAAUCCUCUAAGACACCACCACCAUUGCCACGGAAUAAGUCCAGAAUCGGAGAACCUAGCGAAGUACCUCCAUCACCAAACAAAUCCAACAAGUUAUUGGCCCUCAACGAAACUAACGUUCUUACCACAAACACCCUACUUAUCAAGAACGAAGAGAUUCAGAACCAAAAUUUUAUCAUGAUUCUUUAG